UUCAAGCAAAUGGACGAUCCUCAUCCUUCACCUUCUCCUCUUCUUCACUCCAUCUCACCUCCAUCACAGCAGCAAGAACAAGAUCCUGAACCUCUAUUAUUAUCUCUUGAUGAUGCCAUUGAACACUAUAUUAGCAAAGCAAGAUUUCCACUGGUUCAAGUCCUCAUAGUCUCAUGUGCAUGGUUCUUUGAUGCUCAACAAUGCUUCAUCAAUGUCUUCACCGACCAACUAUCUCCAUGGCACUGUAUUCACCCCAAUGACACAUUGUGCGCCGCUGCGUCCCUCCCGUGCUCCUUGCCGGAGACUUCUUGGUCAUGGGACAACCCUAAGCAUGCUUCCAUGAUAUCAGAGUGGAAUCUCCAAUGUUCAAGCAGUUUUAUUCAAGGCCUCCCUUCUUCUGCCUACUUCGCCGGCUGUGUUUUCGGAGGCUUCAUCCUCUCCACACUGGCUGAUUCCCUUCUCGGUCGUAAGAACAUGCUUCUUCUCUCCUUCCUUACCAUGUCUAUCUCCGGCAUCAUUUCAGCUGCCUCGCCGAAUGUUUGGAUAUAUGCUGCAUUAAGAUUUAUUGCCGGCUUCGGUCGGUCUUCCAUACCUGGUAGCGCUCUUAUUUUAGCUACCGAGAUGGUCAGUAAGAGGUGGCGUGGAAAGGUCAGUGCUAUAGGCUUCAUCUUAUUCUCCAUGGGCUUUUUAUCUUUGCCAGUGGUGGCUUAUUUUACAAGAGGGAGUUCUUGGAGGAACUUAUAUAUCUUGAUAUCAUUUCCUUCUUUGUGCUACAUCAUUUUAUUGUAUUUUCUUGUUCAAGAGUCUCCUAGAUGGCUUUUUGUACGUGGGCACACUAAAGAAGCCAUCCAAGUACUUAAAAAGAAUAUUGGAUCAGCUCAAGAUGAAACCUUAGAAAAUUCAAACUUAACUAAUCUUGACUUUGUAGCAAAGGAGACAUGCAACAUGGGGACUUUCUCAAGUUUGAAGAUGAUAUGGGAGAGGAAAUGGGCAUUUUGGAGGAUGUUAUCUUUAGCGAUCAUAGGGUUUGGAUGUGGAGUGGCUUACUAUGGGAUGCCAUUAGGAGUUGGGACAUUAGGGGUCAAUCUAUACCUAAGCAUCAGCUUCAAUGCAUUAAUUGAGAUCCCUGCAGGGUUGGUCAUCUUCUUUCUUAUUGGAAAAAUGAAGAGGAAAACAUUAGUGGUUGUGUUUUGUAUGGUGAGUGCUGUAUGUAGUGUUUCAUGUGUUUUUCUUAAGAUGAGGAGUGUUAGGACUGCAAUGGAGGUGGUGGCCUUCUUUGCAACAGUGAAUGCCUUCAACGUGGUGUUAAUUUACUGCAUGGAGUUGUUUCCAACUUCUGUGAGGAACACAGCCAUGUCCUUCACAAGGCAGGCCAUAGCACUUGGGUGUUGUGCUGCUCCGGUGAUGGCGGUGGCAGGUAGAGAGAAAGAGUUUUGGUCUUAUGGACUGUUUGGAUUUAUCAUUGGAGGGUGUGGGUUAUUUUCUCUUUGCUUGCCGGAGACCAGAGGAAAAAAGAUUUGUGAUACCAUAGAGGAACAAGAGUUUGUUGAGCGAGAACUUUUAUCUAGUUAAGUUUCAGGAUUAAUUGAAUGGAUAUCUUUCAUUUGAAACUAUGUUUAUUUGGGCUGUAACUAAUAAAAUGUAUGUUGUCUAGAGGACAUACUAACUGUUUGUAACCGUUAGA